AGCAAUGGCGGCGAAUUCUCAGGUCAGUAGCUAGCCAAUAAUAGAUUUUGCGAUAAAUCUUUUUGAGCUAAUCCUUUCCUUAUUUUGAGAACUUCAGUCACUCAACGGUAGUACUAUAAGUGAUGUAUAGAUAAAUGUGAAACUAUAUAAAUUUUGUAAAUGAAAUUGAUGACUAAUCCACACCCAUUUUUUAAGGCAAUGCAAACGAUCAAGUGUGUUGUGGUCGGAGAUGGUGCAGUUGGUAAAACAUGCCUGCUGAUUUCUUAUACGACAAAUAAAUUUCCUGCGGAGUAUGUUCCAACUGUAUUUGAUAAUUAUGCUGUGACGGUUAUGAUUGGUGGUGAACCCUACACUUUAGGUCUUUUUGAUACAGCAGGACAGGAGGAUUAUGAUCGUUUAAGACCUCUGUCUUAUCCACAAACCGACGUAUUUCUCGUUUGUUUCUCCGUAAUAGCACCUUCGUCCUUUGAAAAUGUCAAAGAGAAAUGGGUUCCAGAAAUUACUCAUCAUUGUCAAAAGACACCAUUCUUAUUAGUCGGUACACAAAUCGAUUUACGGGAUGAUCAAGCAAUGAUUGAAAGAUUAACGAAAAAUAGACAACGGCCGAUAUCAUUUGAUCAAGCAGAAAAAAUGGCAAAAGAGUUAAAAGCUGUUAAAUAUGUGGAAUGUUCAGCACUUACACAAAAAGGUUUGAAAAAUGUUUUUGAUGAAGCAAUUCUGGCUGCUUUGGAGCCUCCUGAACCGCCUAAGAAAAAGAAGUGCGUUUUACUAUAA